AUGCCGCCCCGCCAGUGGAUCGACAAGAAAAAUGCGAGCACAUUCCAGCUCUUCCACCGUUCCCAACAGGAUCCGUUGAUCCACGACCCCGAAGCGGAGGAUCGAGUCCUCCACCACGUCGGCGGCCCUGCGCCGGCACCUUCAUCGGCCUCGACAACAUCUCAAAAGCCCUCCCGCGAUCCGUCGCAACGAGGAGAAGCCGCCAACUAUGGCGUCUACUUUGACGACUCCCGGUAUGAUUACAUGCAGCAUUUGCGCGAACUGGGUACUGGUGCCGGCGAUGCACACUUCGUGGAGGCCAAGCCUGAGAAGGGAAAGGGCAAGGUCAAGGGCAUGAGAUUGGAGGAUGCCUUGGCGCAGGCUUCCUUGAACGAUGGACCUAGCGUUGCGGGGUCCCAGUACGGCGAUAUGCGCUCAACUGCGACAUCUUACGUGCGAAAGCCAACAUACCAGGAUCAGCAAGCUGUUCCCGAUGCCAUUGCUGGCUUCCAGCCCGACAUGGACCCGCGUCUACGAGAGGCCCUGGAGGCCCUGGAGGAUGAGGCAUUCGUCGAUGAUGAGGAUGAUGAUGUUUUCGGCGAAUUGACCAAGGGUGGAAAUGAGGAGAUGGAGAAGGGAGAUUGGGAGGAUACGCUCUUUGACCACGACGAGGAAGACGAGGGCUGGGAGUCAGACGCGACAGAAAAGGCGCCAGUGCAGAUGGGCAGCAGUGAAGAUUUUGAGCCUGCUGAGGACCUUGAGCCCGGCGAGAUGCCUGAACAUGACCGCCCCGCUCCAGACAUCCAUCCUCAGGAUCAAGGAUGGAUGAACGAGUUCGCCAAAUUUAAGAAAGACGCUAAGACUGGCAAGGCUGCUGCCCCCGCUCCUCCCACAAUUGCUCCCUCUGAGCAGCUGACGACCGCAUCCACUGCUUUCACAGUGGGUGGAACUCCCAUCCGCCGCAAGAAGCGCAAGGGUGCUCUGACCAACCCUUCUGCCUACUCUAUGACUUCGUCCGCAUUGGCGCGUACCGAGGGACAUCGUCUUCUGGACGACCGGUUCGACAAGGUUGAGGCCCUCUACUCCCUUGACGAGGAAGACGAGGAAUAUGACGACAGCAUGUCCAUGGUUAGCGGCAUGACCGGUGCUACUGGCAUGACUGGAAUGUCCAUGGCCUCCUCUCAAGCGCCUAGUCUCGUUAAUGCCGACGGGGCUGGUGUCUCACGCAGUGAUUUCCACAAUGUCAUGGAUGAUUUCUUAGCCGGCUGGGAUGACAACACUAGUGCCCAGGCCAAGCGGAGAGGAGCCAAGAACAAGCGUGGCCGCAACGGAAACGAGGCCAUUGGAAUCCGCAUGCUAGAUGAGGUUCGCUCUGGCCUUGGACCCGCUCGGCUUAGAGAGGCUUCCAAGGUCCCUGGGCGGGCUUAA